AUGAAUAUUUUUAAAAGAUUAAAACUCGGCAGACCGCCGCCUCUUCCGCCUCCCGCGGGCCCUCCGCCGCCGCUGCUCCGAGGGCUGGGGCCGCCUGUUGCUGGCGGGGCAGCGGCGGGGGCGAGCAUGCCGGGCGGCGGGCUUGGCGAGCAGGAGCGAGUGUACGAGUGGUUCGGGCUGGUGCUGGGCUCGGCGCAGCGCCGGGAGUUCAUGUGCGGACUGCUGGACCUGUGCAACCCGCUGGAGCUGCGUUUCCUCGGCUCGUGUCUGGAGGACCUGGAGCGCAAGGACUACCACUCUGCCAAGGCCAACGGUCUCUCGGACCCGGGGCCGUUGGCCGACUUCCGAGAGCCCGUCGUGCGCUCGCGCCUCAUCGUCUACCUGGCGCUGCUGGGCUCAGAGAACCGGGAGGCCCCUGGCCGCCUGCACCGCCUCUUGCCCCAGGUGGACUCGGUGCUCAAGAGCCUGCGCGGGGCCCGGGGCGAGGGCUCGAGGGGCGGCAAGGAGGACGAGGCGGACGGCCAUGGCGACCGCGCCGAGAAGGACGGUUAUGGCGCGGAAGGCAGCGGCGGUGGCGCCGAGCCCGGGGCUGGAGGCGGGCUCGGCUCCAGGGCCCAGGAGAAACUGUUGCUGCUCUUCACCAUGGCUUCGCUGCACUCAGCUUUCUCCUUCCGCCAGCGGGUCACCCUGAGGGAGCACCUGGAGAGGCUGCGCGCCGCGCUGCGCGGAGGCCCCGAGGACGCCGAGGUGGAGCAGUGCAACUUUCCCGGCUCCAGGACCCAGAACAAUUCUGCUCGUGGUGAUUACAUGCAAAGUAAUGAGACCAAUUUAAUAGAACAAGCCCCAAUACCUCAGGAUGGAUCUACUGUGGCACCUCAUAGAGCUCAACGAGAAGCUGUACACAUUGAGAAGAUAAUGUUGAAAGGAGUCCAGAAAAAAAGGGCUGACAAAUAUUGGGAGUACACUUUCAAAGUAAAUUGGUCUGAUCUUUCAGUCACAACAAUAACAAAAACCCACCAAGAACUACAGGAAUUUCUAUUGAAGCUUCCAAAGGAAUUGUCUUCAGAGACUUUUGACAAGACCAUCUUAAGAGCCCUGAAUCAGGGUUCACUGAAAGGGGAAGAGCGGCGUCACUCUGACCUGGAGCCCAUCCUAAGGCAGCUAUUUUCAACUUCAUCACAAGCUUUUCUACGGAGUCAGAAAGUACACAGCUUUUUUCGGUCUAUAUCGUCAGAUUCUCUACACAGUCUCGAUAACUUACAAUCUUCGAAAACUUCUAAGAUAUUAGAACACUUAAAAGAAGACAGCUCAGAAGCUUCAAGUCAAGAAGAUGUGUUACAGCAUACCAUAAUCCACAAGAAACAUACAGGGAAAAGUCCCAUUGUGAACAAUAUAGGUACGAACUGUUCUCCAUUAGAUGGGCUUACUGUGCAAUAUUCUGAACAGAAUGGAAUUGUGGAUUGGAGGAAGCAAAACUGUACCACCAUUCAGCACCCAGAGCACUGUGUGACCUUGGCUGACCAGCAUUCUGCUGAAAAACGGAGCUUAUCUUCAAUAAAUAAGAAGAAAGGAAAGCCACAAAUAGAAAAGGAGAAAAUUAAGAAAACUGACAACAGACUGAAUAGUAGAAUAAAUGGUAUUAGACUCUCCACUCCUCAACAUGCCCAUGGUGGUACAAUGAAAGAUAUGAAUUUGGACAUUGGAUCUGGACAUGACAUGUGUGGAGAAACAUCCUCAGAGAGUUACAGUUCUGCGUCUAGUCCACGACAUGAUGGAAGAGAGAGUUUUGAAAGAGAAGAAGAAAAAGACAGAGACACAGACAGUAAUUCUGGGGAUUCUGGGAACCCAUCAACAACCAGAUUUACAGGUUACGGUCCUGUCAACCAAACUGUCAAGCCACCUGUUCAAAUUACUUCACUAGGAAAUGAGAAUGGAAACCUUUUAGAAGAUACCUUGAACUCGCCCAAGUAUCCACAUAUUCCUUUUAUGCCAGCUUUACACUGUGUCAUGCACAAUGGUGCCCAGAAGUCUGAAAUAGUUGUUCUGCCACCCAAAUCUGCAGAUGGCAAAACAAUAGGGAUGCUUGUUCCUAGUCCUGUUGCUAUUUCUGCAAUAAGGGAGUCCACAAAUUCAACUUCUGUUGGAAUUCUAGGGCCAACAGCUUCAAAUGGAGAAUCAGAAAAACACCUUGAACUACUGGUUUCCCCUUUACCUAUUCCAUCAACCUUCCUUCCACACAGUAGUACUCCUGCCCUACACCUAACAUUUCAGAGGUUAAAAUUGCCACUGGCACAGGGAUCUUCUGAAAAUUGCACAGUUAAUAUCCCACAACAACCAUCCAGAAGUCUGAGCAUUGGAUCACCAAACACUGCCUUUAUUCCUGUCCAUAACCCAGGUAGUUUUCCAGGAUCUCCUGUGGCUACCACAGAUCCCAUCACAAAAUCUGCAUCCCAAGUGGUAGAACUAAAUCAAAUGGUGCCUCAAAUUGAGGGAAACACGGGGACAGUCCCUCAGCCUACCAAUGUGAAAGUUGUUCUUCCAGCAGCUGGCCUCUCAGCUGUGCAGCCACCAGCUACCUACACCUUACCAGGCUCUCCUCUUGCUGCCAAUGUGUUACCCACCCAGAAUUCCAAUGUGCUCAACACAGCAGCCACUUCUGCACAGCCAGCAAGUGCAGGCAUUAGUCAGGCCCAGUCCACUGUUCCUCCUGUGGUUCCUAGCCAUACCCCAGGUCGCCCCAGCCCAAGUCUUGCUUUGACACACAGUACUGCGCAGAGUGACAGCACAUCUUAUAUCAGUGCUGUGGGGAAUACGAACGCUAAUGGGACAAUAUUGCCACCACAGCAGAUGGGCUCAGGUCCUUGUGGUUCUUGCAGACGAAAGUGUAGCUGUGGGAGCAAUGGAAACCUUCAGCUAAACAGUUACUAUUAUCCCAGUCCAAUGCCGGGACCAAUGUACAGAGUCCUGUCGUUCUUCACUCUGCCAUCCAUUUGCAAUGGCAGCUACCUCAACCAAGCACAUCAGAGCAAUGGAAACCAACUUCCUUUUUUUCUGCCUCAGACUCCAUAUGCAAAUGGACUGGUGGAUGAUCCAGCCAUGGGGAGCCAAGCCAACUGUGGCAUGCAGCAGAUGGCAGGAUUUGGGAGAUUCUAUCCUGUGUAUCCAGCAUCUAAUGUAGUUGCCAACACCAGUGGUUCAGGGACCACGAAGAAUGGGAAUGUCUCAUGUUACAAUUGUGGUGUAAGUGGACACUAUGCACAGGACUGUAAGCAGUCAUCCAUGGAGGCCAAUCAACAAGGCACUUACAGACUGAGAUACGCGCCUCCCCUCCCCCCUUCUAAUGAUACGUUGGAUUCUGCAGACUGAAACAAGUAAAGCUUGCCUACUUAAUACACUCAAGUGUGGGGAGUCAUGGGGUAUUGAGGGGAGGAAAGGAAAGGUAUUUUGUUUGUUUCUUUGUCUAUACAUUUCCUAGAUUUCUAUGCAGUUGGGAGUUUUUAUUUCUUUUGUACCAAUGUCCAAACUAAGAAAGAAUGCGAUGCUUCUUGAGCCUCUGGUCUCCUGGUUCAACAACAGGCUUAUAUAUGUAUGAUAUAUGUAACUUAAAUUUCCAGACAAACUUAUCAAAAGGAAAAUGUUGAUGUGUGUUUUUUUAAAACACUGAAUACUUGCUGUGUGCAAUGUUUACUGAAUCUUUAAAACUGUGUAUUUGACCUUUUUUUUAACAACAUUGGUGACGGUCAUAUGGUUUUGAAAAAGAGAAACUUUGCUUCUUCCCCACCUUUUUCACUUUGACCCUGUAAUAGACUUUUCUCUCCAGCCACUUGCAACCCCGUCUGUGGCCUGCUGUGAGAGUGCCCAGGGGUGUAAUUGUCUGCACUUCUGUAAAUUGCUCUGCACAUAAACUGAGAGCAGAGUGUUUCAUCUUAAUCUUAUGGGAGAAGUCAAAUCCCCAAGAUAGUUUGUAUAUAUGUAAUGAACAGCAUCACAUAAGUACAUAUAUGCAGUGCUCCUUGUCCAAAUAAAGAUGAAAAUAAGUGGGAGAGAGAGGAAGAAGUCAAACCAUAUGAAGCUGAAAAAAGUGAUGUAUGAAAUGGACAAAAAGCUUUUUCUUAAAAAAAAA